CUAUUACGCCCUAAUCUCUGAUACAGCAAUCUGCUAGCAGCCUAGCAGUCGGGUGAAAAUGCUGCUUGAGAUAGGAUUACUAUGUCUUACAUUGUUUUUGAUUCUCUACAGAUAUGUUACCAAGAACUUUGACCACUGGAAAAAGCAAGGAGUGCCCCAUAUUAAUGGUCAUUUUCCUUAUGGCAGUCACAUAGAGCUACUAACUCAGUCCAAGCAUUUUAAUGUUCUUGUUAAAGAAAAUUAUGAAAGAUUCAAAAAUGAAGAUUUUCAUGGAAUGUUUUUGUUUGGGAAGCCAGUGUUGGUUGUGCAGAACUUGGAUUUGAUACGGAACAUCAUGGUAAAGGAUUUCAAUCAUUUCGUAGACCGGAAUUGUGCCAGUCAAAAUAUGAUGAGUGAAGGAGGGGAGCUUGAUCAGCUCUGGGGCAAAGGAAUGACAGAUUUAAGUGGGGAUGAAUGGAAAGAGGUCAGAUCAACUUUUUCUCCCAUCUUUACUUCUGGAAAAAUGAAAUGCAUGUUGAAAUUCAUGCUAGAGGUGGCAAGCAGGCUAAGAGGUGAAAUUGACAUAUUUGCAGAAAAUGGCCAACAUUUUGAACUAAAGGAGUUGUUUGGUAAGUUCAGUAUAGAUUCUUUGGCCACCUGUGCUUUUGGAAUAAACCCGAACAGUUUUAAGGAAGUUGACGGUCCAUUCAUUAAAAAUGCUGCCAGCAUAUUCCAAGUCUCUGCUUAUGAAAGUCUUAAACUAUUUUCAAGACUCAUACCUGGAAGCGGAUGGUUGCAAAAGAAAUUGAAAAUAGAUGCAUUUAAGCCAAAAGAAACAAGAUUUUUUAGAGACAUUGUUAUCAGCACAAUCCAACACAGACGGAAAACCGGCCAAAAGGCAAAUGAUCUUAUUGAUCUUAUGCUUGAUUGCAUGAAACCCUCUGAGAAAGGAAAUGUUGAGGACAACGAUGAAGAAGGUUUUGGUCUUGUUGAACAAGAUGCGAAUUUAAAAUUCAAGAAGAAGCAGGUAGAACUCAAUGAAGAUAUAGUGGUUUCUAAUUGCCUUCUAUUUCUAGCAGCUGGUUACGACACUACAGGAAAGACUCUUGCCUUCCUAGGAUAUUACCUCUCCAAGCAUCCUGAAAUACAGGCUAAUCUUCAGGAGGAGAUAGACCAGGCAUACUCAGAUAAUGAUGGCAAAGUUCCAGAAUAUAAUACCAUACAGGAGCUUCCCUACCUAGAUAUGUGUGUAAUGGAAACUUUACGGUUGAGUGGUGGUGAGGCUCUGAUAAGAGCUUGUACAAAGGACUACGUGCUUCCUAAAACAGACAUCACUAUCAAGAGAGAUGAUUUAGUUAUAAUCCCAGGAUCAGGAAUUCAUUUAGAUGAAAGGUACUAUCCUGACCCGGACAAAUUCAAUCCAGAAAACUUCAGUAAGGAAAGGAAACAGUCCAGAAGUCCGUACACUUUCCAAGGAUUUGGGCAAGGUCCACGCGCCUGUAUUGGGAUGAGGUUUGCUCUGCUUGCAACUAAGAUUGCAAUAAUGAGUAUACUUAGGAGCUACUCUUUUGUGUACAGUGAGAGGAACCCUGUGGAUCUUGUGAUAGAUCCGGCAAGUAUGGUUGGGUAUGUGAAAGAAGGUCUUCAUGCCAAGGUUGUGAGAAGAUCAGAAAACUAACUGUGGAUAUUUUAUUAUUUGAUUUUUUUUAAAUGUUAUGAUUAAAAGCCAUGAAUAAUGAUAAUAUAACAAAGGAGAGUGGUCUUGUAUUUGUUCAAUCUAUCUGUGAUUCAACCUAUUCACUCUCCGCUAAAACUCAUUAAUAUUACAUUGGUUAGAGUACCGCUAAUUGCUGCAUUACAGAACGAAAGUUUAGUUUGUACUGCAGUAGUAUAGCUCUGAAAGAAAUUGUAUUGUAAACACUUCGUAACAGAUAUUGCCAUAAUAUGUCAUAUUUAAAUGCAAACAAAUCCUAACCCCCA